AUGUGUGAUGCAGGCCAUGCAGGAAGUCUCGAUGAAGACCGCCAAUCUUUGGAAGAGCAGGAGAAGAGAUUGAGCACCGAAAGAUUGAUGGAAACAACUCUGCUACUCUUUCUCACUAUUUUUUUCUCAUGCAACAACCAAAAGCGACCCAUUUUGUUCAAGACCAACAUCUCCACUAUGCUCAAAGUCCUUAAGAAAAUCAAGCGCCUUUGUGGCCGCCUCCAGUGGCCGCCUCGCCGCCGUUCCAAGUCCAAAAUUGUCAUAAAAAAGUUUGGCAAAUCAAACUCCGAGGCUCAUAUUGAUACUAAAGAUCAUACUAUCGUCAAUGGGACUUCAAAAGUUCACCAAGAUGGUCAAUUGGGUAGUCUGAAUUCAGUGAGGCCCAUACGUAUAGCGACUUUUAAUGCUGCCCUGUUUUCUAUGGCUCCUGCAAUGCCUAAAGCAGAUAAGUUUUCAAGUUUUGGCUAUGACAGUGAAGCCUUUACAGAUGUUAGGCGCUCCAUGGAUCUUAGUUUACGCACAAAGUCUACAAAUGAUCGGCCAAAGAGUAUACUAAAGCAAUCUCCCCUGCAUCCAAAUUCCAUGAAUGACAAGGAGAAUCUCUCCAAGCAGCAAAAAUUUGUGAAAUCUAAGUUGAGGGUGUCCAUCAAUUUACCAGAUAAUGAGAUUUCUUUAUUGCGCAAUCGACAACUGAGCUCUGAAGAGCAAGAAAAUGAGGGUUCUUCAAGUGCUGCUGUGAGUAGAACUUUGAAAGGAAAAGCUCCGUUGAGAUCAACAGUGAGUUUUCCAACAAAUAUGAGAAAUGUAGCUGAUUGUUUUGAGAGUUAUAGAAGCAGAAAGACAGUGCUUGAAGUCUUGAGAGAAUUAGAUGCUGAUAUAUUAGCUCUGCAAGAUGUGAAAGCAGAGGAAGAGAAAGCCAUGAAGCCUUUGUCUGAUUUAGCUGCUGCUUUGGGGAUGAACUAUGUAUUUGCUGAGAGUUGGGCACCGGAAUACGGCAACGCCGUGCUUUCCAAGUGGCCGAUUAAGCGGUGGAAAGUGCAGAAGAUCUUUGAUGACACAGAUUUUAGGAAUGUCCUCAAGGCAACUAUUGAAGUGCCCCAGACAGGAGAAGUCAACUUCCACUGCACUCACCUUGAUCAUCUUGAUGAGAACUGGCGCAUGAAGCAGAUAAAUGCAAUAAUUCAAUCUAAUGAUGGUCCACAUAUCUUAGCUGGAGGGCUCAAUUCCUUGGAAGAAACAGAUUACUCCACAGAGAGGUGGACAGACAUUAUUAAGUACUAUGAAGAGAUGGGGAAACCAAUACCAAAGGUUGAAGUGAUGAAAUUUCUGAAGAAUAGACAAUACACAGAUGCUAAGGACUUUGCAGGGGAAUGUGAGCCCGUAGUCGUGAUUGCCAAAGGCCAAAGUGUGCAGGGCACAUGCAAGUAUGGGACUCGGGUAGACUACAUACUGGCAUCCCCAAAUUCACCAUACAAGUUUGUUCCAGGGUCGUAUUCCGUCCUGUCUUCAAAAGGGACUUCCGAUCAUCACAUAGUUAAAGUUGAUAUAAUAAAAGUAAAUGAUAAUGUUCAAGGAAAUGUCAGUAGAAAGCGAUGGCAACCAAAACAGAAACAGAAACUCAUAAAGAUUACGAACGGUUCUCCAUCAAAAAGUAUAUGGAAAACACUUACAUGAGAGAUUUGACUUUUUUAUUUUUAU